UAGUGUUUGCUUGAAAAUGUUGGCGGUCGCACAGUAGCGGCGGUGUCUCCGGUGGCGUUUUUUUUUCUUUUUGCUUCGCGUACUUUUCCCCCUUUAUUUUCCCUCUUUCCGUUGAGUUUUCCCUCCUUCGCGCACACAGUAUUAGUUGCAAACUGCAAUCCAAUCGAAUCUGAAUCCGACUUAAAUUGAUAAAUCAAACGAUAAACCGCGGAUGCUUCGGAAAUAUACGCGCGCGACCGUGAAUUUUCUUUUCGUUUUCGAGUUUUUUUUCUUUGUUCGUCACUUGAUUUGAUGGUCUUGAACCAUUUUUAAAAUAUUUUUCUACGACGACGACGACACCGACGGUGGAUAUCGACGACAGUUUCGACUGAACAAAAAAACUUGUAAUUACCGUGAAACCAGCUACCAGUAGAAGACAUACAUGAAUUUAAAGUGAAUAUAAACAGACAAUCAUGUCCACCCAAGAUCUACGAGGUCGCAAGUCGACCUUGCUUCAACGCUACCAGCGCAAUGCCGAAUCACAGGACCCGCUAAACCAACCGAUGAGCACCGCACCAAUGUCGAAAUCCACCAGCCAACGAAGUUUGCAAAAUUCUACCCUACUGCAACGACGCUACUCGAAAACGACCUCCCAGGACUUGCCACUCGGUGAACCAACUCCAUCAACAAAUCUCCAGCAGCAGCAGCAACAACCCUCCAAGACCAGCAGUCAGCGCAGUUUGGACCAAUCUAAGCUACUGCAGCGCUAUUACAAGCAAAACUCACAGGACUCACAGGAUGGUUCAAGUCAACCGACGGCGCCGCAGCAACAGCAACAGCAGCAGCAGUACAGCAGCCAGAAGAACUUGGAGAAUUCCAAGCUUUUGCAAAAGUACGGUCCACAGGCGAACCACUCGCAGGAGUUUACCGGUCUGGGGGCCAGGGAGAGCACUCCCGUUGCGAGGUUCCAACGCAGCGGCAGUCUGGACCAGGAUCGGACGGUUAGGUCGUCGCUGCUGUCAAAGUACACGCCAAGAUUUGGCAAGUCACUCGAUAGGAACAAGCCGCCAGUCGGAGGUGCGGGAAGCUACAGCAACUACAGCAGUCAGCAAAGUCUCGAUCAGAACAUGACCCAGUCGCAAACGUUUGCCGAUUAUGGGAGCGACCAUUUUGAUCAGUACGAUUCACGGAAUCUGCGCAGUCGUUCGACUAGUUUGGCUCGUGGUUUGAACAGCCGCAGUAUGCAACGGGAGCUGGGGCCGAUGAACAUUGAGAUGGACAAGGAAAACGUGCCGACGGAGCCGAUCACGGCGGAAACCCUGCCGAUUGUCGCAACGACGGAACCAGUUGUGGGAGUCAUUGCAUCUGCACUCCCAAUGCCAACGUUUGGGGUAAUCCCGCCUACUCCGAUGGUGGAAACGAGCAAACCAGCACUGUCUGUAGACACCAACAAGCUCCAACCUGUGGCUCCAUCUCCAGUCACGGUACCACAACAACAACAACCGCAGCCAACCGAAGUGGAGACACCAAAACGUAAGGAACCGGUCAAGCCACCCCGCAAAGAUCUAGCUGCUUCGGCGACCGUGAGUAUUCCCAUUCCUACCAUCACGACAACCAUCGCCAAAAUCGAUCCACCGAAGGCUCUCAUCCCCACCGCCACCAAAAAGUUGGAUGCUCCAGUCGUACCGAAAGACCCUUCACCGCCAUUGUUCAGUAAUAGGGAUCGCAUGGACCAUUACGGAAGCGCUUCAAACCCCUCACAAUCAUCCCUAAAAGCACAACCACUCAAGCCGGCACCAACAUUAGCUGCCACGCCAACGAACAAGAACCUGCUGAUGCCGAUCAGUGACCUCAGCAGUCGCCGAAGCAUGACCGAUCUGCGCCAAACGAAGCAAGAAGACACCAGCGCGUUCGCACUGGACAUUGACGAAGCCAGCGAUCGGAACGAUCUGCGCGUGAUCGCCAAGAAGAAGGAUCCCGUCAAAAACACGCUUGCGUCGGCGUUCGAACAAAUAGCGGUACUGUCCGUACCGCAGGUGUCGGAUGCGUUCGAGGAGCGCGAGAGGAUUGAAGAGCUCCCUCCGGAUCGAAAGCUCAAGAAGCGCGAUCACACGUACCAUCCGUCGUUUGUGCCCAAACAGGCCAAGUUGGAGGAGGAAGAGAGGAAAAAGCAAGAAGAAAAGGCCAAACAAGAGGUCCACAAGCAAGAGCAGGAGCGAAGAAAAGAGGAAGAGAGAGUGAAGAAGGAGAACGAAAGAAUGCGCAAGGAAGGUGAAAAGAUGCGAAAGGAGGAGGAAAAGCGAAUGAAAGAGGAAGAGAAAAGACACAAGGCGGAAGACGAUAAGCGCAGGAAAGACGAGGAAAAGAUGGCGAAAGAGGAAGAAAAACGACUGAAAGAGGAUGAAAAGCGGAAAAAGGAAGAGGAAAAGAAGAAGCAGAAAGAAGAGAAGAAGAAGGCAUCCACACAAAAGACAGCUCCAGUAGAACCGGAGCCAGCAGCCCCAGCAGAAGAAGAAACCAUCGAUCUUGCAAGUCACUUGGACCAUUACAGCGUUUCGGUACAGCCAAGAAGCACAUCAGCACCCGGGCGACCAAGAUCCAGCGGAACUCCACGCGGCAGUCAAGGAGCUUUAAACAGGCAAACCCUGCCGGGAGUAUCCAAGCCAAUGUACGGCAGUCAGCAGAGUCUUGACCGAGGCAGCGGAAUGCAAUCGAAAAUGUUACAGCGGUACGCAAAACGGAGCGGUUCGCAAGAUUUCACUCAUCACGACGGGAUGCAACAGUUUGUCAAGGACGUGCACCGCAGUCAGGGCAGCCUGGAGCAGCGUGCGCCACGAUCAUCACUUCUCCAGCGGUACACACCGAAGCCAUUGAGCGCGUCAAGUGCGACAGCUGGACAAGCAGCGGUACCACCUUCGACACCUCGCUCGACAAGCCAGGUUAGCCUGGACAAGAACCGCAUCGAAAAGUCAUCGUUGUUGCAGCGGUACAAACCAAAGGAAGAAUCCGUGGAAGCGGAUCAACGAAUGGGUGCGGUGGUGUUCGCGCCAAAGAAACCUGUUAAGCAUGCUACUUUUGAUUAUCGCGACCACGAGUACGAGCCAAUUGGAGAACCCGUUGACAGCAAGCCGAGCGGAGCCUCCAGCUUGGCGCCACCUACGGACGCCCAGCAGCGUAAGCUUUCGAGCGCAUCGCUGCGAGUGCCGGGAGAUGACGCCGACACAUUGAGCAUGAACGAGCUGCAGAAGGACAUUGAGGAUCGCUACUUUAACCGUGCCGCUGAGGAAGAAACUCUCGAGGAGGCCACUGCCGAACCGUCGGCCGACGCGACGCAGGAGAAGACGAGCAAAAUGAAGGCCGUGAUGUCACGUGCUCAAGAGAGUGGUAAGAAGGCGAUGGCGAGGGCACAGGAGAGCAGCAAGAAUGCCAUGAGCAAGGCCCAGGAAGGUGGAAAGAGCUUGCAGCAGAAGCUGCGCAAGCAAACGGACAAAUUCAAAACCAAAAUGUCCAACAUAAACAUCAAGAAGGACAAGGACGGUGCCCCGCUGGCGUCACCGGAAGUUGUCACCACUCCGGAGUUGGAGAAGUUUGACUUUACGCUUGCUGAGCCAAAGCCGGAUCAAGAAGAGAACAUUCAACCCGAAGUCACGGUUACCGUGGAGGACACCAACGAAAUUGAACAGGAAGAAGCUGCGGCGGAAGCUGGUGCGUCGAAGAAGAAGUUCAAAGCUCCGGAAUUCUCCAAGCUCAAGAACAUUCACAUGCCGAAACUUCAAAAGCCAGAGUUUAAACGUCCAGAGUUUACCAAGAUCACUAAACCGAAAAUGCCGAACAUGUCAAAGUUCAAGCGUCCUGAAAUGCCAAAGUUCCUGACGGAAAAGCCCGACUUUUCCAAGCUCAAGAUGCCGGAGAAAAUCGGCACAAUCAAACUGCAGCGUAGCAAGUCGAUGAAGGAACCAUCGGAUGUAGCUAGUGCUGCCUCGCCAUCCGACGCGUCAGUUGUCGGUGACGAUGCCGCAAAGAAGAAGGUCAACUAUACUGACUUUAGCACGUUCCCACGGCUGCUGGACAAAUUCAAGCGCCAGAAGUCCGCUCCGGGUAACGCAAGUGUCCGUGCAUCAACGCCACCACCGCUGGAGUUCACCAAAGCAGGCAAGACGACCCGUCCCAAGGGCAAAACGUUCAUUUCACGAUGGGCCGAGAAGUCAUCGGAAGGUGCCGGAAGCACAAGUCUCUUCUUCACCGGUAGCGAACUGGGCGAGCGAGAGUCCUCGGUUGAGAAGCGCAUGCGUCAACGGCUAGAUCGGGCUGACUUUGAUACUCCCGAGCUGCCCAUCACUGCCGAACAGAAGCAGCUGGAGGAGUACGACAAGGAGAAUCGAGAGAUUCACCUCGUGUCCGCGGCCAGACACGACGAGUUCAUGAAGCGGAAACCGCCGAUGGAACGGCAAGAGUCCGACCUGGCCUCUGAAGAGGAGAAGCAGUUCUGGGCGAGUUCGCUGGGCCAGAAAAUCAGACAGAAUAUCGACAUGAACAGCAACGACUUUGACUUUCUCGAUGAAGACGAGCGGCUGCGCGUUGCUCGCGAAAAUGAAGCCAUGGGGCUGAGUGCACGUGAUCGUGCUAGAUUCUUGGGAGAGCCUAUCGAACAGGCAGAAGAUUACGAGCUGCGAUCUACGACUCCGUACUCGAACAAGGAGUGCCAAUCAUCGACCGGAAGUUCCGGAAUCCGCAGACGCAAGGGUGUUCUGGAGGAAAUCGACGACGAUGAAUUCUUCCUGCGCCAAAAGGGAAUAUCCAAGGACAACAUCCAAAUGGGAGAGUACAUCAGUUCCGCCAUUAAGGAAGGACUGGGAACUCCGGUCAAUGCUCUGGCAGAAAUGGGACGCUACGACUCGUACGACCAGGACAUGGAUGCCAGCGAGCGAAUGAGCAUGGAAUAUCGUGGUGAGAUGAGCUUCAACGAUGAGUUCCGUCGGAAUGCCGACAUGUUCAAGACGUUCCCGCCGGAUCGUCCCAACAGGAAGCACAAGAAGUCCUACAACGAGGAACAGUACGAGGAUGAUGGACAGAAGGUACCGUACGACUCGUACCAACAGGAAGAGGAAGAUCUGGAGUUUUACGGACGCGAUCGUAAGUAUGCUAGCGAGGAGCCAAGACAGCUGGCUGCUGAAGACGAGCGCUACAUGGACGAGGAAAGUCUCGGCAACGGAUUCUCACGCACGGGAGCGGCUGUGCCACCUACGCCACCGAGACGCCGCAAGAAGCGCUUCCGUGAUGUCACCCCAUCUGAACUAGAACCAUUUGCCAAUGGUUUGACAUCCAAACCCAUUUACAAUAGCUAUACCUUAGGACCAGAAACGCACUUGUUCAACGCCGAAGUUCCGCUGGCACGCGAGGAAAGCUUCACGACUCCGCUGCCAACUCCGCGGCGAUCCCGUUCGCGAUCCCAAAUCUCGAAGGCGUUCGAUGACGACCGCACCUCUCGGGGAGCAGAGUCCUACAUCUUCGGAGCCGUAGACAGUGCCAUGGUGAAACGCAGCAUGGAUCUGUCGGAAUCCAACGGCUAUGCUACCGUGCGUAAGGAUCCACCGCCACGUCCACCGGCUCCGAUCCGUCGUAGGCGGUCAACGCACUCUUUGGGAGAUCAACGUCAGUUCAGCACACUGCCCAACUUCCAUUCGGUUUCACCGCAACGUCCGUCGCGCAACUACAGCACCAUCAACCCGAACCGACCACCGCGUAUGAAGUCCAACACCAAUCUGGACCAAGAAUCGAUGAGAUCAGCGAGCGUCAGCAAAAAUGACUUCACCGAGUACGAAGAUAUCGAGCAGUUGGAGGAGCAAGCCCGAAUGCACCAAUCGCUGGACACGGGAGCGGUCGUGAGCAAGAUGAAGGACCGUCCGCUUCCACCGCCGCCACGUCCGCCGAGGGACCACAAGAAGCCCAAGCCGAAACCGGACCACGAUGACCGGCACGACUUUGAUGGAGGAGCGGAGAAGAUCGUCGCAACGAAACCGUUUGAAAGGGUCGAAGAGGUCGAAAUCGCAAUCCAAACUGACCCGCUACCGGAAGACUACGAGCUGGACAUUGAGGUUGAGGAAACGCUUGGAUAUGCGGAGGAAGAAGCACCCGCGAAGACACUUCGGGAGAUUCUCAAGGAAGAACAACAGGCAGAGCAGGCUCGUGCCCGCCAACUCGCGGAAGCCACCAGCCUGAUGAGAGACAUUCAAAAGUUCAGAGAUUCUACAUCAUCGCUCUCGCAGCAUGGUAGUCGACCAGAAACUCCAGCAGCUGCCGCCAGCAUCUUGGAACGCCGUGUCUCGGUCCCUACCGCAUCCAGCAUGCGCAACGACGUUCGUCCUCUCAGCAACGAGAACCUCUCCGAGCAGGACCUGGCGCACGCCGAAGACGACAAGUACAUUGCGGAGCUGGUGAAGAAGUACGUAUCGGAAGAGAAGGUCGUCCCAACUGAGAGUGCAAAGAGACAACAGAGAGCAGCGCCUGCAUCACAGGAAAUCGACGCUGAAAAACUUAGGGAAAUAGAAGCCAUGAUUGUAAACGAGCGGGUUGAACGGGAAGAGUUCCGAGUUGUUCAGUCUGAGCCAGCUGCACCGCCACGACGAAGGUCUCUGGUAGCCUCCAGUCAAGAUCUUUCCAGAAGCGUCGAAAUUUCUCCCAACGUGAUAGAGGAAAUCGUCGAACGCUUGAGAACGAACGAGCAGCAACAUAUCGCCGAGUUGCAACAACUGCAGCAACAGCAAAUGGAAGAAAUGAAAAGACAGCAAGAGGAACAGCAGCGACUGCACGAUCAGAAACUCGAAGAGCAACAGAAGCAGCUCAUGGAGCAACAGAACCAGCAACUACAGGAAACGCAACAGCUCAAGGAACAAAUCCAGCAACAACAAGAACAGCAAAAGGAACUGCUUUUGCAGCUGCAGCAACAGGAAAAAGAGCGUGAAUACGCCCGCGAGCAAGCCCAACAAAGAGCCAAGGAACUCGAACAGCAGAGAAUGCUUGAACUGCAACAUCAGCAGCUUAUCCUUCAGCAGCAGGAAAAGGAACGCGAACAUGCCCGAGAACUGGAGCAACAACUGGCAAAGGAGCUGGAGCAGCAGAGAAUACGUGAAACUCAGCGGAUUCAUGAGCUCGAGAUGCAGCGGGCGCGCGAAGCGGAACUUCUCAGAGCCAAGGAAGCUGAACUGCUGAGAGCGAAGGAGGCAGAGUUGUUGCGAGCGAAGGAAGCUGAGAUGCUCCGAGCAAUGGAAGCCGAAAUGCUGAGAGCAAGAGAGGCUGAUCUGUUGAGAGCCCGUGAAGUAGAGUUGCUAAAAGCGAAACCAGUCGAGCCGAAGGAAGAAGGAGAGGCAGCACCUCCAGCGGAAUCAACAACCGUCACUGUUUCAGAAGCUCAAGAACCAUCCAACGCAGCCAGCGAAGAACCGAAGGAAGCACAACCACCAGCAAGACCUCCACCACCGCGGAUAAGUCCCCAACCUCCGAUGACGCCGACCCAACAGUUCCCGUACCAGGAAUACAUGCCGUACUCUCUUUCGCCCCAGCCUACACCGUUCUUCUCCGGCCGAAACUAUUCCGACGAUGAGGGCGCAGGCCUUCCGCAGGCCCCACACAGACGCCGGCGCCAGCACCGUUCACGACGGGAAUCUACCUCGGAGGAAGAGUUCCAGCGUGAUCAGCGCAAACAACGCCACGGAACACGCUCGCCAGAACCGACGAUUCCGGCUCUGGGCGGUCAGCUGAUCCGUGCCUGCGGAAACUCGAUCCGCGAAACCGGCGACGAGCUGAUGACGAUUCUGCGUGCCAGCAGCAAGGAUGAAAACAAACGCGAUCUGCACAUUGCCCUCAUCAUCCUGAUCGUCAUCGUGGCCGGACUGAUGGCACUCGGGAUGAGUGCCGAGAGGGACGUCCAUCACCACCAUUGGGAUUACUUCAAUCCGCCCGGUAACGGACGGGCCUAAGCCGGAAAUAUCAUUAAACUUGUAGAUUUUGGUGGAAACAUUUUUUAGAAGUCGCUUUUUAUCAUCAUUACGAAUACAGUAGCUAUUAGUGGACAAUUGUUAACUCUUGUUGAAACUUAGGCCGUUACGAUUUAAUUUAUCAAUUACUACAAUCUGCAUUUUAACGAUUUCUAAACAGUAGAAUUUGAUCUUAAGAUGUUCAAACGUCAUCUUCAUUCAAGCCCCGCAUCCUACUAAUGCCAGCACUUUGUUACUUAACCUAACUGUAAUCUUUUUUCCGGAGAAUCCCGCACACAGAAUCUCAUUCGGCAGUCGAGAACAGUAAUCGAAUUUUUUUUGCAAAAUCUUUGUACAGUAGAAUGUAGUGUCGAAAGCAAGAUCAGCAAGAACACAGGAAACAUGAAGAAAAAGAAGAAGUCGAAAACCACGAGUUACAGUACUAGUCAAUACAAUUUUAUAAAAACCAUUUAAAAAAAAUCGAAGAUCUGCGCGAAUCCGGCCUUCACUGUUAAUUUAUUUGUUUUUGUAUCAUAAUCACAUCUAGAAAAAGUGAAUAAAUGAUUUUUGACAACAAA